AUGGCCCACCCCGCCGUGCAAAUCUCCUACGACGACGACGACGACGACAUCCUCAUGGACUACGACGACCCCCCCACCACCACCGCCACCACCGCCGCCGCCCCCAUAUCCACACCCGCAGCAGGGGCCGCCGAGCCAAUGCAAGACGUCGAGACCGAGCAGCUCGCCCCCGAAAAGGUCUACCUCAAAGGCGUCGACAGCAUGUCCACCGCCAACGUCAAGGCCUUCGUGUCCGAGCACUUCACAGCCGCAUCGAUCGCAAAGGUCGAGUGGAUCGACGACUCCUCGUGCUGCCUGGUGUACCGCACCGCCGAGGAUGCCGCCGAUGCGCUGCGAGCCCUAGCCCUAGAGCCGCAGGAGCAGCAGCUGCCGCCGCUCGCGCUGCGGCCCGCGAGGCUGGCGGCGUCGCACCCGGACUCGCGCCUGGAGGUCAGGGUCGCGAGGGUGAGCGACAAGAAGAUUGCGGGCGCGAGAGACAGGAGCCGAUACUACCUGUUCAACCCCGAGGAGGACCGCGUCGAGCAGGCCGCACGCCUCCGCCGCGAACGCGAAGAAUCCCGCCGCACCCGCCCCCGCCGCGCCGACAGCGCCAACGCCAACGCCGACUACGAGCGCCGCCACUACGACAGCCGCGAGCACGACCGCCGCCGCACAACCGACAUGUACACGGACGGCUUCUACGACGACGACGACGACGCCGCCGCCGCCAGCUCGCGCAACGUGUCGCGCAGCCGCCGCACCUCGCGCAAUGUGUCGCGCAGCCGCCGCACCUCGCGCAGCCGCACCUCGCGCAGCCGCACCUCGCGCGACCGCUCCUACUCGCCGCGCCGCGAGCGCUCCCGCUCGCCCGUCGAGCUGUUCCCCGGCCGCAGCCGCAACCGCAACCGCUCGCGCGAGCUGUUCCCCGAGCGCGCCUCCGCCGCCAGGUCUGAAGAGAGCGGGCGCCUGCGCAGCGACGAGGGCAGUGGCAGUGGCAGUGGCAGUGGCAGUGGCAGUGGGCGGCUGCGCAGCGAGCCCGUGGAGCUGUUCCCGCGGCGGCCUGCGGCGAGUUCGAGGUUUGAGGUGUCGCCGGGGCCGGCGGUGGAGCUGUUUCCGGGGAGACUGGAGGAGCGCGUGGCGAGGCCGGUGGUCAAGAAGUCGCUGGAGGAGCGGAUCAACUUGGAUGGUGGGAGCGAUAGGGAGUCGGGGUAUAGGAUUAAGGGCCGUGGGGGGCAGCAGGCGGGCGGUGGUGGUGGUGGGGGGGAUGAGUUGUUUGCGCAGAAGCUGAGGGCUGCGAAGGGGGAGGGGCUUGUGGUGGAGGAGGGGGGGCGCAGGAGGGGCGGGGCGAGGAGGAAUAGGGCGGAGGAUAUGUUUGGCUAA